UCAUAGCCACCAAUCAGUUAGCUGCAGAUAACUAUCCAUCUGAUAUCAUCCAAACCAUUAAAAACAUUUUCUUUGGAAGCUGCAGUGACUGAAGGUAUGGCCUUAUUGUAUCUCAAAUAUGGGGGAUGUUCUGCAGACACUAUUUUGUUUUCAGUCAGAAAGCCUCGCUGUCUUCAAAACUACGCGAAUUGUAAUGUUUUCGGUAAAGUUUUAUUGAGCGCACUGUGCAUGCCAGGAUUAUUGACUCGAGGAAGACACGUGUGCAUUCGGUGCCUCUGUCCCUGCGCACUGGAGGCUCUCCCCUCGCCACUCCUCUGUGUUCAGCUGCUCAGCGCUCACACCUGAAGUGACGGAGCGGGAGGGAAGCUCGGAGCUGUGAGCGCACGGAGCUGCUCAGUCUCCUUUCAACGCGCCUCGUAAUCGCAGGGCACGUUUGGAGAACAAGGGUGGAGGGACACAUCCACGGGGAGAGGAAUGCGCGCAGGUGACAAGCUGUGGACGUUUUCACACAUACCAGCCGUGCAGGGAAUUCCACCUCUUCACUGGGAGAUGCGUUUAUAGAAAUCACUGGCAUUUUUGAAACACUGCACAUCUUCUCCGACGCCUGCGGUUUGUCACAGCACCAUGCGAGCUGGAGAGACGCGCCCUGUGCCAUGCUGAACAACUGUCCGACUCUCCUGCUGGCUCUGACCGCGGUGGCCGCGCUUCUCCUGCGAUGCCAGUGCUGGAGCGACGAGGACCUCCUCCUGCCGCCCAUCAACUCCUCCAACAGGUUCCUGGCCAACCUGGAGGUGGACGUGCGCUUCUCCAAGAGGUCCGUGGAGGAGAGCGAAGCCUCGCCCGACACCUCACCCCUGCAGACUAUGUCCCAGUGCAACGUGAGCGUCCAGAGACUCCUGCCUACCUCGCUGGUGGCCCGCUGGGACAGCAGCUUCGGCUUCCAGUGUGACGUCCUCAUCUACACCACCAACAACCACGGCAGGGCUUUCUUCUCCGCGUCUUUCAAUCGGGCCAUCUCACCCGUCGUCAUCGAGCACCUCGGGGUCACCGGGGGUCAGCAGGAGUUGCGCCUGUGCGUGGGUUGCGGGAUGUCCCGGUACCGGAGGUUCGGUCAGGGCAGGUCGAGGGGCCAGCAGACUGGGGAUCAGGUCACUUUCUGCUGCGUGGAUUUCAGCCUCGACGAACUGAAGGGGGACAAAAGUUGGAGGCUGAACAGAAAGCCCAUCGAGUCGACACUUGUGGCUUGUUUCAUGACUUUGGUCAUCAUUGUGUGGAGUGUUGCUGCUCUCAUAUGGCCAGUGCCGAUCAUUGCAGGAUUUCUGCCUAAUGGGAUGGAGCAGAGGAGACCGAGAUAACUGAAAUAAUCUUCAUCAUCAUUAUAGCCUGUGCUGCCUAUACUAUAAUUGUAGCCAUUCAGUUGUUCUGGAGGUUUGGAGAACUUUUUUGAUCAAAUGCUUUAGCUCCUUGGGUGUUCCUUGACCCUUAGAUCUCCUCCUCAUUAGAGCAACCAAGGUAAAGUAUAUGAAGGAUUAAUAUACUAGCCAAUAGUAAUCUAUACCGGGACCAACAACACCAGUGUGUUUUGUAAACCCUUGUAGGCCUUCCUAUAGAUCAUGUCAGCGUAAACUGUGCAAACUUUCUCUUUAAACAGUGUUUGUAUAGUUUUUAACCUUUUUAGAGCGUUUUUUGCCUUAUCACACAUGUAGGACUUUUGCACUGACAACUGAACUUUAAAGUGUGCCGUCACAUAAUCUAUAACCUAUAGUCAUGCUCAUAACUGUCAUAGUUUUUCCAAUAACUCAUGAAAAUAGAUGUUGUUUAUUGACAUAGAGAGGGUUUGGAUUCCUAUAUUGUCAGAUUUCUAAUGUCAAGUUUAAUAUAUGUGUUUAUUUGUAUUAUUGUUCAAACCGUUAAAAUGAAAAUAAAACUGAAUAUAGGCGAUACUGGAA